AUAAAAUUCAUGAUAAUUAAUUUAAAUAUCAUGAACCGUUUAGAGUAGUGAUUUUGAUUGUUUUGCUACAGUAUAAGGAAGUCCAUGCCACCGAAUCUCGGUAAUUAACAUCACUGGUAAUAACGAUGCUGUCUACCAGGGUCUGCAUCUCCGCCAUAUCUUUAGUGUCUGGUCCUACCGUGGUUGGAGCGUUUUCUCUGUGGGGUAAAGGUGAAAAUGUAGCUAAUAAGAAACAGCAUUUAUGUAACAUGAAAACCUUCCCACUCCACAUACAAAGAGGACAUAGGGAAUCCAGUCAUUUACAUUUGAGUGGAAGGAGACAUUUACACUCUAGGAUGUCUACUGUGGCAUCUUCCUUACAAAUUGAGUUGGUUCCAUGUCUAAAAGACAAUUAUGCUUAUUUAUUGCACGAUUCAAGCUCAGGCACUACAGGGAUAGUGGAUCCUUCUGAGUCUGGACCUGUAAUAGAUGCCUUAAGUCAAAGAAAGUACAAUCUCAUGUAUAUUCUGAAUACCCAUCAUCAUUAUGAUCAUACUGGAGGGAACAUGGAGCUAAAGGCGAGAUAUGGUGCCAAGGUGAUUGGGCCUUUUGCUGAUAAAGAUCGAAUUCCUGGGAUUGAUUUGGCCUUAAGUGAUGGGGAAAAGUGGAUGUUCGGAGGCCAGGAAAUGUGUGUGCUAGAUACUCCUGGGCAUACAAGAGGUCAUGUAAGCUUUUAUUUUCCAGACUCUAAAGCAAUUUUCACUGGAGAUACACUUUUUUGCUUGGGUUGUGGAAAGCUUUUUGAAGGAUCUCCAGAGCAGAUGUGGUCUUCACUCUCAAAAAUAGCAUCAUUGCCAGAUUAUGUGCGUAUAUUUUGUGGGCACGAGUACACUGUGAGCAAUGCGAAAUUUGCCUUGUCAGUGGAGCCAGGUAACAAUGAACUUCGCUCUUAUGUUGCUCAUGCAGUUGAACACCGCAACAAAGGUUUACCAACGGUACCAUCAACAUUAGCAGAGGAGAAGUCAUGUAAUCCAUUUUUGCGUAUUUUCAGUGCUGAGAUCAGGGGUUCUUUAAACAUACCAGAAACUGCAAGUGAAGCUGAAGCUCUAGGUAGAAUUCGCAAGGCAAAGGAUAUGUUUUAGUCAGUUUAAGUCUUAUCAUUUUUGAAAGCAUUCAAAGAGCCAACAACCAGAAUGGACAAUAAUGAUCGUGAAAGGAAAAGCCUACAUUUCAUAGUGUUGGAAAGUCUCUUGCUGGAACUUUAGCUGCUGUAGUUUGAAUUCUUGUAAAAUAUGUUUGCGAAUAUCCAGAAGUGGAUAUAACAAAUCUGUAUGGAGCCACAACAAUGACUUCCAAAUUAAUCAUUGAAGUGGUCUUAGUAGAGGCCCAUGUUUAUAGCUAUAUCCUUCCUUUCUUUGUUUUUCAUGUUUCUUCAAAGGAUGCUUAGCGGAGAGCACUGAGUAAAUCAGUUAAGUAUGUGUAUAUCUGAUUCAAGAUCGUUUUUCAAUUAUGUCACAUAAGUUUAUA